UCUUGGAGGAUAUACAAGYGACAAAAUUCUCAACAAAUAUGGCGUCUGCUAGCGUGAAUUCAUCUUUUUCCGACUAUUACUCCACUUUAGAUGGACCUUCUCGAGAAAGAUAUCAACAAAAAGUUAACUUAGUCGGUUUCGAUCCUUAUGCUCUCAAAAAAAGUGAUUUUAGCGACGAUUUAGACCUAAUUCCUGCCGUAGAAUAUCCAGACAUAGUGAACUAUUUGAUACUUCAGACCUCGUGGGCUACCAACGCUCAAAUGAAGGCUUACAAAUCUAUGGAGGCCUAUAAUUUCUUCAUUUCUGGUUGGGUCAGUACACUACUAAUGCACAAAGCAGCUGARCCCGAUAAAGYAGUCGUUUUUGCGAGGGUAAAUCACUCUCAACGUGCUCGUGAUACACCAUUAAAAUCAUGGAUUUUUGCUGAAAAGACAGGGAGAAUAAUAACUGCUCAUUGUGAUUGUAUGGCGGGACUGAGCGAAGCUUGCUCACACGUGGCAGCCAUCAUGUUUGCGGCUGAAGUUGCAUCGAGAAUGCAUCAUUCGACAACUUGCACUCAAGAAAAGAGCAAGUGGUUGAUUCCCGGUCAUGAAAAAGAGAUACCUUAUGUACCAGUGGAAGACAUUGACUUCACUUCUGCUAAGAAAAAACACGAUCUUUUAGUCAACAAAGACGUUGUUCCUACACCGCUCAGAACUGAUGCACGUGUGCCCACAAAUAACCGGACCAACCUCACUCGUGUCGAUCUGUUGAGAAAAUGUAGUCUUGGUAUCCUGAUGUCAGCUUGA